CUUGCCAGCAGGCAAAUCACUUUCUUCUGUAUGGAUGUGACCUGCAAGUAUUGGCCCUACCUCCAAAAAGCUCCAGCCCCUCCUCAGCAUGAAGCCGUUCCUGUCUGUAUUUCAUGCCAAAGCUCAUGAUUUCAAAUGCGAGGUCAAAUGGAGUGGGGCAUAUCAGGAAGGGGCUGGCCUAACACUAGGCGAGGAGGUUGAGCAGUGCAAUGCCUUCCUCUCUAGGAUUGCAGUGACCACAAAGCACAUGUCAAAAGCUGGACGCACAGACAUGCUGACUCUCUUGGCCAUGCGCUGGAAUCAGCAAAAGUUGGACAAUUUGGCCACCUCACUGUCUCACAGAUAUCACAAGACCAUAAAAUCUCUACAAAGCAAGCAACAGAAUGUUGAGUCCAUGAAAGCUCAGUUGGCAGUGACAGAGAGCCAUUUGGAAGACUGGGUCAGUGAUGUCAAAGAGUGGGCAGAAGCAACAACAAACACAAGCACAAAUGAUGUGGAUGCCUUGGCCAGUAGAAUCGAGGUGCUGGUGACCAGUAUAAAGAGACGCUCACAGCGUCUUUAUAAAGAUACUGACGGCAACAAAGGUCGUGCCAGGAUCCGCCGCAAAAUCAGGGAGGAGAAGGGGAUCCUGACCUCUGUUGUGGAGAAAUACAACAAAAUAGUUCCAAGCACAGAAAGUCUUUGCAUGGAAACCAUUGUGUCUGGCGAGACAGCUUGGCCAUGGCAGCUACCACACAGUGGUAUGUACACUACUACUUUGAACAAAUCGGACUGAUAAUGACACACAAACACAGAACCAGUACCCUCAAAUGAGGAUCUGUUACCCUACAGGA